AUGGAGGGAUACGACGACGAUGACGCUCGAUGUCUCCCUCGAAUGCCAAGAAUCUUCACUCCCCCUGACACUCAACCUGAAGUCGUUCUUUUCUCUACGGCCGCCGAAGAUGAGACUUCCAGCAAAAGCAAUGCUCUUCAUGAGUUCGCAAUCUGCGACACUGAGACUGAUGACACGACUUGUCGUGACAAGGAAGCAGAAGCAGGCCCAAGCAAUGCACCUCACUCGACCCUAAUGAGCCCUGUGUUCGCGAUCAAGAAUACACGAUUAUCACAAUCAUCUCAAUCCUCGAACGGUUUUGUAUCCGCAAUUGAUCAUUAUCAAGACGAGACUAUUCAAAGACUCAAAGAUAUUGCCAACAAGGCUCACGCACUAAAUACAAACCUGAAUGGGGACCAAUACAACAGCUCAGGCGAGACGACGCCAACCGGACGGUCCUUAGAGACAAAUUCUUUCGAGUCGUCAACCCAAGACCGCGCACCACAACCCCUGACACGAGACCGCCUACGAUCUAUACCUGAUGCAAGACUCAACAACCUUGGAGCAGUCUACGAUCGGUUACAAAAAGCCAAGGAGGGUUCCCAGGUUGCUACAAAUGGCAGUGAUACGCCACGACCAGCUGACUUAGAUACUAUCUCCAUCAACACUUCCAAAGCUCACGAAGCAGCUUUUGGGGAUGAACACCAGGCAUAUUACAUCUUCGACCCACGAUCAAAUGGCUCAGCAUACUACAUGUAUAAAGAUACCGAAGCAAAUGAUGGCUUCAAAGUUGAAAAGGUAUCUUUCAAAUCCUCAGCACCGGAGCCAGGGGUGCGCGCCUACCACCUUGAAGCUUCAGACAAGGACCAGGGCGUACUGAGGCAUGGAAGCCACGAAGCGAUCUGGAGGCUGGAUCCAUCUCAAGUUCCUGCAGUGAUUAUUGAUACAGAGAGCUCAGCUUCCCGUGAAGCAGAGGCGGAAGUAGGCGAUCCAUUGUAUGCCGGCGAAGAAGCUACCCAAAGCAUCGCCAGAAAAGUGAGUGAUCGCCUCCAAAAGAUCAGGCACUUAAGAGAGCAUCUGCAUGUCAUAAAUGGUAAAGGCCAGCAAGUCCCAGAGGCUAAGGGGUUGUACCUUAUUAGCGACAAGGACAUCCGAGAUGUCGUUAGCAUUGUCCUGGACGAAACACUGAAGAAUGGUCACAUUGCCUUGCCUCAGAGAACACCUACAACAACAGGGUCAUCUGAAAGUCGACCUUUACCACGGCUCGACGAGAACUCAAAUGCUAUCCUGAUUCCCUCCCCGAUGGCGAUCGACCCAGCGACCACCAUUAAUUUGCCUAGCACAUCUUACACAAACACCAACGCAACUGACAUGCAAGUCCAUACCAAAACUCGAGGCGGGGCUUCAGAAGCAACGACAACUGUUGUGACACGCCGAAGUAUUGCUGAGAUUACGUGGGCUCGGGCAUAUCCAGCAAAUUAUGAUUCGAGUACACGGACACAUUGUCGAACCGUUUCGGACUGUUGCUCACCCACGCAUGGGGGCUCACAUUCGUGUCCAGAUGAUCGCCGACAGAGUUACCAGAGGCUAACCAAAGGCGAGUCUGUCCUACGACACUAUGCCACCCCAAAAAGCACAGCUGAGAUACUGGCCGAUAUCAUGUGCAAUAAGAGUUUCGAGCAACAGCUGAGAGUUAGCGAUGGGACCGUCAUUACUUCUUUCCCCAGACUCUUCUCCCGUGACUGCACCACUGACCUCACCUUGCAAACUGAGAGUGACCAGUCGAAAAAGCGUACACCGUCCACGCUGUACCAAGACGGUGUCGAUGCUCACUGCGGUCUCGACGAAUUGGUCGCAUCGAGCUCUCCUGUAGAGGCCCCAAAUGUAUACUCAUACAACAACUCCUUGUUCGCUGCGAACCCAUUCAGAGCGCACCCGACCAAACUGACUGCGUUGGGGAGACAUUCACCAACUCCUCUUGCGGCGGAAAGAAAACUAAGUGCCUCGCUCGACGCAGAUACGCGACGACGACGAAGUACUCAGGUCGCUGGUAUUGAGGAGAUAAUCGAUAGUCAAAAUGGUUCACGGCAAAGUCUGAUGGACAAAAUCAAACAAGGAGGCCACAAGCUCUUUCACAAGAAUCACUUUCGCAAACCGACUGCAGGAGCUCCGACCAGAACAGUCGAGGAUGAUAUUUCGCCGGGCGGCUUCUUGCGCUCACGGGACAGCAUUGUCAGGGAACUCACGCCUGAACCACCUAAGCCCGAUGAUUCAGGGAUAUACGAAGCCAUGACGGGGAGCAAGCUCAACGCUCCACGCCCCAGAGAGGGGACAUGCUCUGAAGACCAUCAACCUCACGAAUGUGUGAAUGAUUUAUCGUCUCGCGAGAUUUCAUCGAAAUAA